GCCAGUCCGGUCUUCGACUGGCGCAUUUUGUUCAACCGUGAGACGUGGGAGUCAUGUGAAGUGUAAAUGUGCAAGGACCAUGCACGGACCACAGACGUACAGUAUUAUUAAAUUCAAGUGCGCGGUGAGUGCAAUCCCCUCGCUCUGUAUGGAACUGGAACUCUAAAUGCCGAUACGGUGAAGUUUUAUCGGGAAUACGGUGUGAUUCAUGUUGGGAUAAUAAGGAAUGAGAAUUAUUUAGAGAAUUUUUUAACGAAAAGGAUGUACAAUUUAAUUCUGCUAUACUGGAUGAUAACCUGAAGAUGAACACGAACCGAAACGGAGGAGAUGGCGAUUUCAAUUGCCGUGUGAGGCUCAACCAUGUUCUAGCAAUUAUUAUAAGAAAAGAAGGCUGUCUCAGAGGAGAUCCCGGAGAUUUUUGGAUGUAUGAAAAUGGUUAUUUGUUAUUUCAGGGUUUACUUUCAUCAAAUUCAAUUUGUUGGUGGAACAACGGUUUAAAUGGAGCUACAAAAAAUUUAGUUUAUUAUGGGUACGUAAAUCCUGGUGCACUUCUUGUUGCAGCAGAACCAUGUGCUUUGGAAAUUUUAAGGAACGCUUGGUCCAGAAGAGUCCUUCAACCUCCCCCUGGGUACCAAAUAGUAGCUUUAGAAGACAUCGAACAGUCUACUACGAUUCCAGUGCCACAAACACAAUGGACUCCUCUACCAGAAGCAGUGUGCUCAGUGGUUUUAAGGCUUUCCAGCCAGGGUAGGCCUGCUGGAAUCGAAACUAUCAGGGAAUCAUUGAUUAUGGCUUUCCCCCAUGUAUCUCCUCCUAGUGAGCAAGCCCUGUAUGAUACCUUGGUGCAACUUACAAAAGAGAGGAAACUGUAUAAUACGUCAAGUGGAUAUUUCAUUGUGACUCCAGAGCGUAGACGGUCAAGAAGUCAAUCUAGAGGAAGGAAAAGGGAUGAUCUGAGCAUUGACCCUAUGACCAACAAAACUAUGCUGAUGUCCACAGAAGAAGCUGUCAUCAUGGUCCACGGAGAUAUGGCUACCAUUAGAGAUGGAAAUGUUACCCAUCAAUGCAUACAAACCAAUCUAGCCGAUGUUAUUUGUGGAGGAAAUGCCAGUGACAAGAUUCUUUACGCCAGGAACAAAAGAAGAUCCUCUUCUUUUCCUUCUCACAGAAGCCCAGACCGAAGAGGAUCGUUUCGUCUUUGGAACUCUAGCAGGAGGCUUCGAAGAUCAGCUUCAACAAGAACGUUAGCUAAGCAUUAUGUAGAUACUAGUAGUAGUACCGAAUAUCCAAAUAGUGGUGAAUCAACCCCCACUCCAAAAAAAGCGUCAUUGCUGUCAAGAUUGUUCCGAAGAUCGAAACGUUCCCAGUGUCAGAUUGGUACUUUCGGCGCUCAAUUCCCUCCAACUGAAUGGUUUAAUUCCAAGGCAGUACACUUGCACAGUGUAGGAACUCAAACGAUUACAGGCAAUAAGGAAAGUGGAAUAGAUGUUACGGCUUAUUUGGAAACAUGUAACAUAAGCUCAUCUAGAUCCGCAACAUUACCGAGAAACCAUCGAAGGCAAUUAUCAACAGAGUUAACGAUUGGAACUCCAACAACUGGAUCCAGGGAAAACUCGCCUAUACCUAGUUACAUUAACGCAUACGCUACCAGUACUUUACCAAGAAAACACGUUUAUAGGAGCAGGGAUAAUUCCCGAAAAUCAAGUAGAAGUAGUUUAAGUAAACCCCAAACCAGUCAAGAUGUUAGAACAGAAAAACCUCAAGAAUUUUCAGAACAAAAUGUUGUCAAUGAGAGACUUUGUACACCAUCUUUGGAAUCCACUACGACUAGUCAUAGAUCCACAACGAAUUUAAGCUUUGAAGACAAUUCAAGUUCAAUUACCGAUUCUCCCGUGAAGAAUUUCUCUAGCAUAGAUAAUAGUGGACCAAGUAGUAUAGAAUCGCAUAAAAGUAGCAAAACAGGAAGUUCUCUAACUAGUGGACCAUCUAGUUUGGAAUCACACAAAACCGUAAUAAAUAGAGGAUUACUAGAAUCGCCGAAAAUCGAUCCUAGAAAUCCCAGAAAAUAUAGAAAAGAAAAUACCAAAAGUAAGGGAAGUCCUAAAACAACCAUCAUAACAACACCAACAACAACAUCGGUACCACACAGUAACUCUUUUACGUUACAAGUGACAACGAAUCAAAGAGGAACAACGUAUACCGGAAGUCCCGGUUCAAAUACGAAAAUAUUUGUACAAAACUCACCUGUUCGCUCAAUAAUUACCUUAGAAAACGGGCAAAUGGAGAAGAACCCCAAUGUCGUAAUCAUCAAUAACGAAAAAGAUGAUGUAUCGAAUCCUAACGAAAAAUGCGAAAGCAAACCAACGAAAAAUACCAACCAGCAAAGUUUAAAUAACUCUAGAGAUACAAUUAACAAUGAACAAAAAUUAGAAGCUAUGAAUAACAUUAGAAAAUUAUCCCUCCAACUUCCUACAAAAGAAAGCUUAAAUUAUCAUAACGUCAUCAAGAAUGUUUCACAUAAUCAAGUUAAUUCAAAUUCCAACCCAGACUCGCCGAUAGCCAACACGUUUCGAGACUUCUCCAAAAAUUCUUUAUUUACAAGCACCCCACCAAGUCCGACCAAAAGUUACGAAGGCAUACCGAUGUUCUCGUCCAUGAAAUAUCAGAAAAACGACGUGGGGUCUAAAUCGUCCUUGGAGAAAUCAUUUCAGUGUUUAGAAAACGGCAAAACUUUAGAUAAAAACGUUAUGGGAUCAGAACCCAACAUCUGUUUUAAGGAACGAACUUUAACCAGAGAAAACAGCAACCAAGAAUUUCCCAGUUUGAGUGACCUUACUUUUAAUUUUACUAGCUUAGCGGCUCAGAAGAUUUUGAAGGGAGUCAGCAUUAAUAGCGUGGAUACGUUAGUAGAACUUAAUAUGGCUGCUAAUUUAGAAAAACAAAAUAACUGUGAUGUGGUCCACACAGAUUUCGGCCUUGUUUAACUUAUGCAAACUUUUUGAGUAAAGUAUGUAAUAAGUGCAGUAUACGGAGAUGAUUUUAAUGGAGAUUAGCUGGACAGUAGAGUUACAAUAAGCAUUUGGUUGUCUGCAUCGAAAAGUUAUUGAAAUAUAUCAUUUUCAAAAUGUCUACCUUCGUUUUUACAUGUUAUAUUUUCCAUACCUUAUUUGAACUGGUAACCAGAUUCUUAUUUUCACAUUUUGGUUCUAUAAUUUUGGUUUUUCAAACAGUAAAUAAUCGGGACCAUAUUAAACUAAAAAAUAAUAAUUUUACAAUCUUGUAGGUAGAAGAACCAGUUACACUUUUUUGGUACACAUUUGCGCAAAGGUAAUUUACAAAUUUAUAGAGUUUUUCUUGCCUUGUAGAAGAUGAAAAUGGUUGAUUGAAUUUUGUUCAAAGCACGUUUGUUCGAAAACCCUUAGUUCGAAAAUACGUUUGUUCAAAUGAGAGGUUGUACAAAAAACUUUUAUUCGAAAAUACUUUCAAUCCAAAAUGUUAUGUUCGAAAAUAAUUUUCUUCGAAAAAUAUUAUUUUAAGUAUUACAAAAAACGAUUUUUUGAUUGAAUAUAAAUGUAAAAUCUAUUAAAGAAAAUAGAUGUAUUUUCUUAGUGUUCAAAUUAAAACUAAAAAUAAAUCUUAACUAAUUUACCUAACCUGUGCGGCCUGGAGUCAUCGCGAGUUGCUUCGUAGAAAAAAAUAAACAAAAUAAGAAAAAUUAAACAAAUUUUAACUAAUUUUUCUAACCUGUGCGACCUGGAGUUAUCGCAGGUUGCUUCGCGAAAAAAUUAUACAUAAAAUAAGAAAAUAAAAAAAAAUCUUAACAAAAGUAUUUUCGAAACAAUGUUCGAACUAAUAUUUUUCGAAAAAUAGUGUUUUUGAACUAGACUUUUUUGAACCAACAUAUUUUCGCACUAAGGUUUUUCGAACAAACGAAUUUUCGAACUAAGGGUUUUCGAACAAACUUGUUUUGAACAAAAAUUUUCGAACAACGUGUUUCGAACAAAAUUCCGCCAACCAAUGAAAAUACUUUGCUGCAGACGCACCAGAGGUGGAGCCCUAGAUGAAGUGUCUUCAAAAAGUCAUGGUAGAAAAUGCUAGUGUCAUAUAUUUAAUUAGAUAAUUAACUUGACGAGAGUGCCAAACCUUUUAAUUUCGUGUCUACGUCAGGGGUUCCUCAGGGCUCGAAUUUGGGUGCUUUAUUAUUUGUUAUUUUUAUUAAUGACAUUUGUCAUUGUAUCAACUCUAAGAAACUUUUGUUUGCAGACGAUAUGAACAUUUAUAGGGAAACAAAGGAUACCUCAGAUUGCAUUGCUCUUCAAAACGACCUUGUCAACUUACAUAACUGGUGUAUCGUAAAUAAACUAUCUUUGAAUACUAACAAAUGCAAAGUCCUAUCCUUUUCCAGGAAAGUAAACAUUGUCUUAUAUGAUUAUCAAUUAGAUAAUCUUGUUAUUCCCCGGAUAUAUAAUUACAAAGAUUUAGGUAUCUUAUUUGACAGCAAACUAACUUUGAAAAUACUGUACAAAGUGCCACCAAAAAUCUUGGGUUUUGUUAUUAAAAACUAUAAAAAGUUUAAAUCUUUAGAAGCCAUCUUCUCUGUUUAUUUUUCACUAGUUCGUAGCAAACUGGAGUAUUGCAGUUGUGUUUGGAAUACUAACCAUUUAAAGUACAUAAGUGCAUUAGAAUCUGUCCAGAGAAAAUUUUUAAAAUUUUUUUACUUUAAAAAACAUGGCCGUUAUCCUAUUUGUCACUAUGACUAUAAUUUAUUGUUAGAAGAAUUCAGUUUUAUGAGUCAGAAAAAGAAAAAAAAUAGCAGAUUUGAUAUUUAUCUAUAAAUUAAUUAAUAAUUCUAUAGAUUCAUCUUCUCUGCUGUCUCAAUUUAAUUUUCAUAUCCCACGUAUUACGUCAAGGUCAAAUAUAACAUUUCAUAUUCAAGUGCCAAAUUCACAACAUCACUUUCACAGUCCUUUAACUACAAUGUGUAGAAGUGUCAAUCAGUAUUCUGUUGAUAUAUUUUUUCUAAAAUUUUACCAAUUUAGAGAGCAAUGUUACAGAUUGGUAUCAAAUUAGGUAAUUAGAAUGUAAUUUAGUUAAGUAAGUAUUCUCAAACUUUGUAUUUUUAAAUAUAUUAUAUACUCCUGUAAUUGGGCUGAUAAAGCCUGUUGGAUGUAUUAAUAAAUAAAUAAAUUAAAUAAAUAAACCUUUAUAGCUCAGUUCGUUAGCGCGCUCAACUUAAUAUUUCGCGACCCAGGUUCAAUUCCAAUAUGAAAAAUGGUAAGACUAUUACAGUUAAUUUCUUUUAAAUAAAUUUCAUUUAUUAAAAUAUAACCCCCUACAGUAAAGCGAUCCGUUAAUCUUGCCUCUAUUGCACUAUUUUGAUAAUGAUUUAGAAGAGUACAAAAUAAAUAGAGGAAAUAUUAACGGAUUACCUAACUGUAAAGGUUAUAUUUUGAUAAAUACAAUUAUUUAAAAUAAAUAAACAGAAAUAAUAGUAUUUUUUCCAUAAUAAAAAUAAAUUGCAUUAAUCAGGAAUUGAACUCCAUUCGCAGAAUCCAAAGUUGAGCGCGCUAACGACCUGAGCUAUGUUAAUUAUCUUAUGAAAAUAUGUGGCAUUAGCAUGUUCUAUAAUGGUUUUUCUAAGACAUAUUCGUCGUGCGCUCCACUACUGCAUGUUCUACAAGGUAAGAAUGAAUGAAAAAUAAUUUUGCCUAAAGCAAAUAACACCCCUAAAAGUGUCGCUGGCUUCCCAGCCAUAAAAAACAAAACAAAAUUUUCAAUUUUAUUAAAAAACGCGAAAAUUUUAAAGAUAAGAAUGUCUUAUAGUAAAGGAGCCUACUAUAAAAUGUUAGAGAGUAACAUAUUGUACAAUAGUAAUAUGUCGGCAGCCGCGCCAAUAUCGUUUGCAUAAAAAUUGUUAACAAUUUAAAAAAUUGUCUGAUAUUUUUAAAAAUAUUUAAAUUAACUUGUUUUUUUUUUUGUUUUUAUUUUUAAUUAGUUCAAGAACGUCCUUGCCGUUUUUUUUUUGUUGUUUAUUGCAAAUUAUUUAACUCACACAUCGUUGUUAACGUCCAAUGUAUUUUAAAAAGUUUUAUAGGGUAGUCCGAGGUUGGUUGUUACAAUUUUAACUUAAACAUUUUUAUAGUCAUUUAUUUAAACUUUAAAUAAACUCAUUGUGAUAGCAUAAUAAUAAUUCAUACUUAUACCUUAAUAAAAAAUAAAGUAACAUUCAUUAAUAUCAAUUACAAAAUAAACUGUUAACAUUUUUUAACAGGUAAUACUAGUGGUAACAACCAACCCCACAGCGGGAUGAGUUAUUACAUCUUUGGAGUUAGUUGUUAAAAGUUUAAACAUCAUCAUCUGAGUCACAAUUUUAAGAAGUAAAAUAUAAAUCUGUAUCUACACAUUUAUCAUGAGCCCAUCCAUGACAUCUUGUGCAUUUUAUCCAUUUUUCGUCCGGUUUGGCAAAAACUUUCAGCGCAAACUAAACACAAUGCAUCAACAUUAUCACAUAAUUCGUCAUCUCGUUCAAGAGGUUUUCUAGUAUCCUUUUUUGCGGCUGUAUUUUUCUUAAUUUCCUUUCUUCUUCUGCCUAUAACUCAUUUUUAUUUGGAGUAUCUCUUAAAAUUACAGCUUUUCGACAUUUGCGACCUUUAGUAUUGAUUUUGCAAACUCCAGCAUUUGAAGGACUGUACUGCUUAGUAAGAAACCUGAAGCAAAUGUAUAAGAUGGAUCAAUGUUUAUAAAAAUAAACAUACCUUUAUAUUUAACCAUUUUGCGGUACCUGUGUAACAUCAUAAAAUUUAUAGAAUGUUGAUCAGCUACAUUUCUAAUGAAUCUUCCAUUGUCCAUUAUUUCUUUUGCAUCAGCAAUUUAUGUAUUGUAUUGUACUGUUCCUCUUUCCGUUUUCUUUUUGUCGUUUCCUAUUGUACUGUCUAUUAACCCUUUCGAUCCCAGGCCUAAAUUGAAAUGAUGGUCCCUCAGGCCCAGCCUUUUUUUUGCCGCCGUAUAUAUACGUCUACUACAAAUGAAGAUAAACAAAUGCGACAAAAUGUUUUAUUGAGGAAAAAUGUACUUUACAAUAGUAGCAAAACUAUAAAAAAGCUUUUUUAGUGAAAAAAUUUAAAGGUUUCUUUUGUGUGGUAGACUCCAACUCCGCAGUUUUCGCACAUGUAUCUGGUUUCACUUCUUUUUUUUUGUCGCACUGUGGCUGCAAACAACACAUCGUUUGACCUUUUUAUUGGGAACUGAACUUGGAAAAUGUCGGCCUGUGAAUCUCUGAGGAUUGUUAGUCAAAGGGCGAAAGAGUUGUACCUUGGGUUCAUUAUAUCUGAAACAAGAGAGACAAUGUAGUAAACUUACUUCUCGAAAAGUUUCCGAAUUAGUGUUAGUUGAAAAUCUGCAAGAGGUACUGGAUUGCGUCAAAUACAGCGCAUGUGUGUUGAGCAUAGCCAGAUCAACCAUGUGAAAAAAUAGCUUCUUAUUCGCUCCGUGCGAAGUCAUGGAAAGGGAAGCAAAAGCGAUACUAGCGCUAGCUGCGGAUAAUUCGUGUAUUUUAGGGCGAUAUUUUGUAAUUUUGGCAUAUCAAAUACACGUAUACAUUUUACUUUUUUCAAAAAAAGUAGGUAAAAACAAUACAAUAAGCAACCGGAGUUGCUGUGUUGAAAAUUGUACAAAUACUAGCAAAAAACAGUGAAACUUAUAUAAAAAAUUUCAGUAGCAAAGUGGAAAUUAAAUCAAAGAAAUAAAUGGAUAGAUAUACAAUAAGAAGAAAAAUUACCUUUAUUUUUGUAAUAAUAACCGUAAUGCUGGAAAUAGUAGACAUCAGAAACUUGAAAGGUUUUAAAUAAACAAUAAAUUAUCAUUUUACGAUGUUCUUUAAUAUCCCCUUAUUCUUAAAUGUUCAUUCAGUAAGGACUAGAUUUCAAUAUUUCUGCCUUUGAUUAUUAUAUGUGGUUGGAAUGCAAUUUUGUAACUUACUGAUGGGAAAUCAUUCAUUCUAUGUUUUCUUUCGAACAAAAAUGAAAAUAUAAGUAAUGAUCCUUUUUUUAUACAUUUUAACUUCACGCUUAUUAUUAAAUGGUAUUUUUUUAUUUUGACAGAAUAAUGAAAACUUAUUAGACUUAGGCAACUUCUCAUACAUUUUCCAGUAAAUACUGUUGCCUGUCUAUAUUUUAUUAUUGAUUUUAUCGAUUAUACAUGAUUUUCUUUAAUUUAAGCGAUAAAAAAAUAUAUAAUAAUAAUAAUAAAUUAAUGUUUUACUUGUUUUACAAAUCCAUAUACUUUUAUUAAAACUAACAUAUAUACUUUUUAAUUACGAAUUCUAUUAAAAGUUGCAUUUGUCAGUAUACGCAGAAAUAGUCCAUUAGUAUCAAAACGAAUUGGUGCUGCUGUCGCGCACGGAGCGAAUACCAUUUUGUGCUUUUCUUAUACUCCGUGGAGCUUAGCAUCAUGUCAGCUCGAUCUAUUGCACCCAUGUUUGCAUUAUAAUCUACAACACAAGCUGGUUUUUUUAUAGGCUCCUUUGACUUGAAAUCGACUUUGUCCAAAGUAACCAUUUUGUCUUCAUGCAUACACUGAGCAGAUUUUCAGUACUCAUCGACACAGUCUGGCCUUUACUCAAUUUUUGUGUUAAAUUUGGCAUUACUUUACGAUUCGUACGAACUGUACCACAAGAAUUAGUCUUGUUUUUUUGUAGGUAUUAGACAAAGUAGGGCUUGUAUACCAAUUAUCUGUAUACAAUGCAUGUCCUUUGUUCAAAUAUAAUAAUAAUAAUAAUAAUACUCUCUCUAAUUCACCCCCUUACGAGUGAAUUUCAACCCCUGAAGUCGACUGAACGAUUUGUGUAGGGGAAGGGACGGCUAUUAUUAUUAUUUGCCGUGGCGCUCCGGGGCGACUUAAAGAUGAUUGAUGGUGCCAUUUGACUUACAGGUGAGGAAACCCGGAAAAUUUCACCCACCAUCAUCGAGACGGUAAUGUAUGGCGAAUUUUUUUAAUCUGCAUGUCAUAUCAACCGAAAUUGAAUUUCUAUUAAUACGCCACACAUCAAAUCCUAAACCGAACCAUGCAAUUUAAUUAAAAAUCCACAUGGUCUGGUCUGGGAUUCGAAACCCAGCAGUCUCAGACUCAUAAACUUGCCUAUAAAUGAAUAUAAGCGCGAUAGACCGCUACACCACCGUCCCGAUAUGGCUUCAUCAGACUUGCUACUAUUGAACCAGAUAAACCGAGAUCGUAAUACAAUGAGAGCUCUGUUGCUUUACCAAGAUAGACAAGUACACCCAACACAUAACCCGUUUCGCAGUCACAUAUUAGAAACAGUUUAAUCCCAAAGCGAUGGCGUUUUGAUCUUAUGUACUGUUUGAAUCAUAAACGUCCCUUGAAAAGUACUAAGCUCUCAUCAAUAGCAAGGUUUCGGAAACGAGUAAAAUAUUUUUGAAAUUUUGAUGUUAUAGUAAGCACAUCUCGCAGUUUAUGAAAAUUAUCACGUUCUUGCCAUUAUUUGCAAAGUGCAACAUCCUAAGGAUAGCUUGAAAACGAUUCCUUGACAUCAUUUCAGAAAAUAUUGGUGUAUGUAGCAUCUUAUCAGACGACCAAUUUUCUCUUAUCUUGUUUUUCCCGUGUCGCCCUACCAGUAACACGUAAUAUUCAUUGACUCUAAGUUCACUCCACUUCAAUUUUUUCGUUGCAGAAAUCUCAGAGGCAUAUCUAUUGGUUUCAGCUACAAUUAGCUCUACUAACUCUGUAUCCAUGAAUAGAAGGAAAUAAGAGAACAUCUGACUUAUCUGUGAUUGUCUCCAAGUGUGCCUCAGACUCAGAAUUAUCAAAAGCAUAUAUUUUGGGAAUGAAAGUAUUUGUGCUCCAUUCGAGAGACAAGAGUUCUUUGAGGGCCAAGUUAUCUUGCAGAGGUAGCUCCUGUUGCAGAGGUCGCACUUCGAGUUCAUCUUGUCUUCCAAAAUUUUUUGCGUUAUUUUCAGGUUCAUUUUCGACGUCAUCGAAUUUUACUUCAUUUAUUUCCUCUUCGCUUACCGACUCUUGGUCUGAAUCGGGUUCGUAUUCGCUCUCACUGUCUACAAAUGGCUCUUCGUAUUCCUGUUCUGUCAAGCCACAGAAGUUUCUACUCUCACUAUAGUUAUGUAUGGAACCAUGUGUUUGUUUUCCCGAACUCGAUUCCAUAUCGCACGCACAACUAAUCUUAUUGCGACGCUGAAUAAAACUGAACCAAUCGCCAAGGAAAACACGCGGCCAAACUGCACGAAAACAUGUUCUGAUCUGUCGACAUACGCAAAUAUACGGCAAUGGGUCUGUGUGUUAUAUCUUGCAUAUCGCAAUUCUGCGGCUUUGGGCAAAAACGAGCAACAAGUUCCGACGUAUUCAUACGAUAUUGAGACUACUGAGAGCCAAAAUUUUAUACUGCCAUAGAUAUGCGGCUUUGGGAAAAUACCACUAAUACAAUAUGAACGUAUAUAUACGGCGGUUGGGACUCAGAACAUUUUUUUAUGACGUCGAAAUACGGCAGUGGGACUUAAAGGGUUAAACAAAAUAAUUACUAUUUAAUUGUUUUAUCUAAAAGAGACUAAUAAAUAUUUACACACUAUAAUCAUACCUAUUUAUAUGAAAUUGCAUUUGAGGUUGGUUAUUAUAACAUGUCCCGACAAGGUCGUUUGAACAAAAUAAAUAAUAUAUAAAUAAAAAUUUCCCAGGUUUAUUCGGUCAUGUUUUUAUUUUAACACAGCACUACAUAUGUUUCGGAAACAUUUUUUUCCAUCUUCGGGUGCAGUCAAAAUUUAAUAAAACUUGGGAACGAUUACAAACAAUUUAAAAAAGUUUUUAAAACUUUUUAAAUAAUAGAAACCCCAUAUUUUUGUUUCAGCAUAGACCUUUAUUCACUUUUCAAAAAAGUGACAACCCUAUGUGAAACACAGCCCAUUUAUAUAUAAAUUGGUGUAUGUGCUAAAUUGUUUUCACUAUUUAUUAGAGACAGGCGCGUCCAGCAGUUUCUCGAAUUUACUUCUAGUACAUUCUCUACUUAAUGAUUCAUUACGGCUAUCUUUGAUCAUAGGGGUCCCUAUAGUUGGGUAAAGGAGAUUUGUCCCCUUCAUCAAAUAUUUCUUGUUUUAAGGACAAAUGGGGUCAUAACAAGACCCAAAUAAGGCAGAUAGACCCAAAGGAUCAGAGCAUGGUCGGAAGAAAAGUUUAAAUGCCAAUAAUUUUAUAAAUUGCAAUAAACAACAAAAAACGGCGAAAUUCUCUUUUUAUUUGGUUUUAUUAAAAAUAUUUACCUUACCUGCUGCUUUAGAUUUGCAGGGACAUUUUUAAUAUAAUUAAAAAUAAAAACGAGAAAACAACAGUUAAAAUAUCUAUUUAUAAAUUAAAUACAUGAAAAUGCAAUCCAACUUUGACUGAAACUCACACACAAAAUCGUGACAGCUUAAAUUUUGCAAACGCUUUCGCACGGUAUCAGUUUGACUAAAAAAGCGAUGUGUGUAUAAAAACGUCAAUGUCACUUUCAACUGUAUCUGCCAUCCUUAACGCAAAGGAUGAUGAUCGACAACCAGGUAUAGAGAAUAAAAUUUAAUUAUCUAUCAAUCGAAUAGAACAUUUUCAAAAAAAGCGAUGGGCUCCUAUACUAUUAUGUGUUUAGAUUAAAAAUAUAUGCAAACAUUUUUAAAUAGAAUAAUUUGGAGUAUUUUUUUAUAGUUUGUCUGACAUUUCAAGGCUUUUUUAUGGAUCUACUAUCAGUAUUAUUUCUUUAUUUUUAAAACUCUCACUAAUCGAAGUACAAUAUAUAAACAACGAGGUUUGUGCAAUUUUUUAGUAAAAUAAUAUAUAUUUUGUUUAUGUAUUAAAAGAUUAAUAGAGUUUUGGAAUCAACAUGAGGAUAAAAAUACUUUCUUACUCUGCCUUUCCUUUUUUAUUUUGCAUUGGGACAAUUGCGGAUACUUGAUCAUCAGCACUACACAUGUGAACAUAGUUAUUAUUCUCUCAAAUAUCUGAUCAAUCUUAUUAAAUACAAAUAUCAGAUGCCAGUCAUAUUACUAUUUGUUGAACAAAAAUAUUUAGUAUAAAUAAUGGAUGCCAAAAUUGUUGAUGUUAUUGAACAAAUUUAAGGAACACUUAUUUGUGAAAAACAAUUAUUAACGUCUUAUAAUUUUAUCUAUUCUGUAUUCUGUUUCUAUAUAGUGUCAUAGUGUAGAAAAUAACCUCAUUUCUUCACGAUGCUAGUAUUACUUAAAAUAAUGUACAAUCAUUUAAUAAAAUGCCAUCCAUGUCCAAUGAUUUUUUUAUAAACAUAUACAUUACGUAGGAAUCUUGUAAUAAAACAAUGUAUAAGUGGCCUAGAUUAUAAAUGUCUAAGGAAUUGUAACUUUUGUAUAUUUAUUAUAUUAGAUUUUAUAUAACUUUGGUAUACAACUAAAUAAUCUAAUUUUUUUG